AAUGAAAAUUAUAAAGUUAAAAAGAGAGUUACAAAUCACCUUGCGAUUAAUAACGAAGUUGGAUAGUAUCGAUUUUUUAAAUAAAAAUAAUAGAAAGUAAAUGUCACAUAAAUUGCAAUGACUAGAAUAUGGUUAAGAUAUAAUUUUAAUCUUAACGGAUUAUUCUAAAUUAAUUAAUAAAUUAAUGAUUUGUUAAGAAAUGGGCGAUCCGGUUAAUGGUAAAAAAAUGUUCAUGAAAAUGUGUGCUGCUUGUCAUACCACAGAAAAAGGUGGUAAACACAAAAUAGGUCCUAACCUGCAUGGCAUCAUAGGGAAAACUUCUGGAAGUAUGUCUACCCCGGGUUUCAAUUAUACAGAAACCAUGAAGGAAAAAGCCGUUGUAUGGAAUGAAAAGACUUUAAGUGACUAUCUUGAACUUCCUAAAAAGUAUAUUCCAGGAACAAAAAUGGCAUUCUUAGGACUUAAGAAGGCCGAAGAUCGAAGUGAUAUAAUUGCUUUUCUAUCUACUUUGAAAUAACCUUAUCUUGAAAUAGCACGAUAUAUAUAUAUACGUUAUUACUUAAUAGAAACGCAAAAAGCAAUUAACAUGGAGAUAUUAGUGUAUUAAAAAAAUAAAAUUACUGGAGAAUAUAUUUUUUUUAUAUAUACACGUUAUAGUUCGAUGUACUGUUAAUACAUAUAAAAAUGUAAUACAAAGUUUUGUAUUACAUAAUAUACAACAAGAUAUAAUUUUUUGUUUUGUGAAAAAGUUGAGUAUAAAAAUUGGAAAAAAUUUCUACAAUUUUUUCCCUGCAAAAAUAUUAAGAAGCCAAUAA